GAGGACUGUGAACGACUGUAAACUAACCCAUCGUGACACGACUGCAGUCUCUUUCUUUCUUCAAUGGGAACAGAGAGCUUCUGUUGACUGGGGCAGGACUUAUAUGGUGGAAAUAUAUGGUGGGAGUUACAGAAUUGUGAGGGUGUAACGGGACGAGAGUGUUCAGUCAGAAGUGCUGUCAACACGCGUCAAGACCUGAAGAUGAUGAUUUUGAUAUUUUUGUAGCACUGAUGAAGGUUGACAACAUCGCGCAGCAUCGAGGCCGAUCAAGUGCCGUGAAUCUCACAGCCGCUGCUGGGAUGGAUGGAGACGCGCGCAACAGAAGGAGAUCUUCGAAACACAAAGCCCCCUCUCCUCCUCCUGUUCUGAAAGGCCUGGAUGGUCUGCUGAGUCACAAGCUCCCUGCUUACCGUCAUCCCAACAUGGACCAGAAAGAGAAUCUGCUGGAUCAGGACCUGACCCUAACCGUGGUCCUGCCAGGAGGGGUGGAGAAAACCACCGUGGUCCCUGGCAGCAAACCCAUGAUGGACCUGCUGGUUGCGCUCUGUGCCAAAUACCACCUGAACCCUUCUGGUCACACCAUUGAGCUCAUCACCACCAACAGAAACCAUGUGAAGUUCAAACCCAACGCUUUGAUCGGAGCCCUCGAGGCCGAGAAGAUCUUACUGAAACCCAAAGGACUGGAGGAUAGGAGCAAAAAGACAGGACCACAGAUGCCAGAGGCAACUGUACGAUUAGUGAUCAACUACAAGAAAUCACAGAAGACUAUUCUCAGAGUGAGUCCUCGGGUUCCUCUGCGAGAGCUCCUGCCAGCCGUCUGUGAGAAAUGUGAAUUUGACCGUCAGACCACAGUUUUACUACGAAACGUUCACUCUGAAGACACGUUGGACCUGAACUGCUCUCUCAAUGACUUUGGCCUGAGGGAGGUGUACGCCAGAGAUACCAGAGUUUUUAGUCCAAUGAGUCCUGUGAGUCUGCCUCCAUCUCCUACUCGGUCUGACACGAUUCGGCACAGAAAGGACAAGAUGCAGAAGGAGAAGGAGAACAAAGGAGUGUUCGGCUUAUUUAGAAAAGGAAGUCGAAAACAGUCGGAACAGUCUAUGACCGUGAGUGCGCCGGCGUCUCCGGAACAGAGGAAACAUCGCCCGGUGAGCAUGAGCUCAUUCAGCGCUCAUUCUCCGACGUAUGAUUACAACACCUUGCCCUCCGAUAUGCCGAAGAAGAGAAGAGCACCGCUGCCCCCCGGCAUGAUGUCACAGAGCAUGCCCGCUGACCUCAGCCAUCACCAGGGAAACCCUGAAACGGCAGCGCAUCUGGACGGCGACCAGAGCGUGGCCCCUUUGAGCUCUGGACCCUCGACAGAAUCGUGCUUCAAGAGGACAUCCACCAAACGCAAGGCUCCCCCGCCCCCCGCCCUGAGCGCCGGAGCCCCUCCUGAUGAAGCUGCACGGGACAGAAGCGUGACAGAGGUCGUGUUGGCGUCUCCUCUGGAGGAGAUCAGGGAACAGGAGGAGGUGUCUGUGCCCAGAGAGCCGGAGGACAACAGCAGUCUGAACAAGUCUGCUGAUAUCUCAAUCGACUCCGCUACUCAAGAUUCAGAGAGGGAACGCGUAUCUCCACACGGGACGUCCCGAGACGAUCCAUCACGUGACCUCAGAUCUGCUGAUCCAGGAAUAACUGAGGUGCCAAUGAAUGGAAAGGUCCAAUCAGAGCAGGUCGUGAGCUGUCACGCCCAAUCAGAGACAGAUCCCCCGGAGGAGAAGAUAGAAAAAGCAGCUGAAUCUUCUGAAAGCCGUCUUGUUCUGGAGAAGGUUUCUGUGAGCGCUUCAGAGACGACUGGUUCUACGCUCAACAUGCCUCAAACGUUCGACUGCGGCAUCCAGACGUCACUUUCACAAUCUCAAUCCCUUGAAUCCAACACGGUCCCACCCAAAUCUUCCCCUGAGCCCACUCAUUCACUCUCUGAAGACCAGACGCAAAAAAACAACCGUAGUAGAGUCAGCUUUAGUAAAACUGAAAUGCAAACCCAGACAGAUCCCACGACUCUCUCUAACAUUCCAUCAUCUGACGUUUGCAUCAAACCUCUAGUAGUUGCGUCCACACCCUCAACGGGGCCAAAGCAGGACGGGGCCACUUCUACCGAAGAGCUUCACGUUCCUGAACCCCACACCAGCUCAACGAUUCAAUCCCCAAAACUCCCAGCGUGUAAACCGAGCAGCGCACAACCCAAACCCAAACCCUCCAACGAGCUGACCCGUGAAUACAUACCCAAAGUGGGCAUGACGACUUACACCAUCGUGCCUCAGAUGUCUCGGGAAAAGAUGCGCUUUUUUGAAGUGGAACUGACUCUGGAACGACGCGAUAACGCCGGCGUGGAGAACUCUGACAGAAAGACCGUCUCAUCUCCGCCUGGCCUGUUGACCAAUGGCAUGCCUGCUCUCAACGGCCACUCAAGAUCGUCCAUAAAACCCGGGGAACUUUCAGAAACCAUUCCUCCAGGUUCUCCUCAAGUGGACGUCUUCUCUCCAGCGUCUCCAUCAGGAACCGAGACCGUCGUCAAAGAGAAGAAAGUUCCACCAACGAUAAAACCCAAACCAGCUUCGUUCCGUCUGCCUCAGCACAAACGGACGGCUGGGGAUUACGUGAGCUCGGCGGCGGUGCGCAGGGCGAGUGUCGGGAGCAGCAGUAGCGGCAGCAGUCGGUGUAGCAGUCCUGCAGCGAGGCCGCAGUCGGAUGUUUUUCCACAUCCACCGCCACCCGUGAGAUGGGACGAGGAGGAACGUGAGAAGGACGUCACUCAUCCUGAGGAGACAGAGGUAGAUGGAACUAAACCCCAACACCCUGCAAAAGAGGUAGAGCCUCCCAGAUUUCCCCCAGCUUCAUUUCUGACCCGUCAGAAGAGCCUUCCUGUAAACCCCUCGCCUGCGUUGAGUCUGGAUAAGUGGAGAAGCUUAGCUGCACCCAAGCCGUACUCACCGUCGACACCUUCUCGCUUCGCUCAGGCUGUGCUGUCCGCCGCCAAGCGCUCUCACUCUCUUACCCGGCGUCCUCUGGUGCACACGGGCUCAGUCAAAGAGACACACGAGCCGCCCGCGAACACAGUGACAGACAAUGGCGAGGAAGACACAGAGAGAUACAGAGCGGCCCCAUCACAAACAGCGGGCUGUGACGACCCAGCGCCGCGUUCUGCUUCAGACAUGGGAACGUGUAAAAUUGAAAACACUCAACCGUCACCCGGGUCUGAGGGAUCUUUAGGACCAUUGCCCACACUGAAGGGAAUAUCAGAAGCAUCCGUAGAGGAAUGAGGAAUUUCAUCUCGCCUCUAUUCAGUGUUUUUAUUGACGGACAUCCAGCUGCACUCUUUCCAGAAUAUUCAGCAAACCGCUUUCAUCACGACAAAAACUUCUUUUCACAGACUUUCGAAUAUUAUGAUUUUUAACUCUCAAAGCCACACAGCUCAAAAUACUUUCAGCACCUUCCAGGCCAGAACGUUCUCCGAUGCUUAUCAUGGAUGUGAAGCUGUUCCUCAGACUGCGGUGAUGCUUUCAUCUUCUUCGUGCCUUAUAGUGAUAGAAAUGUGAAUUCUGUCAUUAUUUACUGACACUAAUUCCAAAUAUAAGAGCGAAUGAAUAACAACAGAAUUCACAAUUUGGGUCGAACUACCUUUGAUGGGAAGAUCGUUCGAUAACCUGAUGUUGCGAUCGAUGCCAAAUGGACACGUUGAAAAAACAAGCUCCAACCGUGGAUCUCUUCUCAUUCAUUCUUCAGAUUGACACUCAGAGAUUAAACUUUCUUUUUCGUUUUCUUAUUAUCUGUUACACUGUUUUUUUCCCUGAAGACAGAAAUUAAACAACAGAAAUCUUAUUAAUGUUAUUAUAUUUUGAAAUCCAUCCAUUUGAAUAUUUUGGGGUUGCUUUGUGACCUACGAACGAGAUGAGAAAUGUUGUAAAUGUGCAGAUUUAGAGUACGCUUUAUUCUAUUAUGAGGCCUUUAUUUUGUUUAAAUUAUUAGCUGCAGAUUUGAUUUAUAAUUACUAGCCAACGGUACUGAAAAAUACACAAAGCCCUGCUUUUUCACUUGUCAAACGUUACCACAAAAUGUAUUGUUAGUAAUGAUUGGUUAUAGUUUUAUAUGUUAAAAUGAUAAUAAUGAUAUGGCAUGUCAUCAAACAAGAUUUUGGGCCCACAAAAAGAAACUAAAAAACAAAAUGGUGCCAAGAAAGAAGACACAGGGCUUAUUGUGAGGAGAAAACUGCUGUAAUAUCUGAACUUUCCUCUGUUCUGUAUUAAAGUAUAACAGACUUUUAAAA